UAGCUACGUAACCUUAUAGAAUGUGCGAAGAGUUCAAUGCACUGUUUUUUUAAUAAUAAAUAAAAGUAAUAAAAUUAUCAAGUGAAAUAAUUUGAAUUAAAAAUGAAUUCACUAGACGAUCCAGCGGUAAAUAAUAAAUAUUUAAAAUGUAAAAUUCGAAUGAAAAGAUGGGAAAGUGAUUUUAUGGAAAAAUAUGGACGGAAACCUACCAAGAAUGACAUCAAAGGUGCAGACAAAACCAUCAGAGAGUCGUACAAAAUGUACUGGAAGUUAAAGACUAAAGUGCUGGAGGAAACGUUGCUGGACAUAACAUUCUCCGAUGAAGUUGAAUCAAACGUAUCAAUAAAUUCAUCCUCGUUGGAUUUUCUGUCAUUGGAUUCGUCGGUCAGUCAAUUUGAUAUUAGAUCUCCUGAUAAGUCAGUGCUGGUUGAAAAACCAACAGAGUCUCAGUCUCUCGUCAAUACUGAAAAUAUUGCUCCAGAAGUCGCGAAAGCUGGGUCUUCAACUUUGCCAGUGGACUCACUUAAUGUCGAUGGUGCUUGGGGUGACCAUCUUAGCAAAGAGUACGAAGCGCCUAAGAAAAAUAAAAUUUUAGUAGGAAAGUCUUCAUCCUUUCAGCUUUCGCAGAAAAAAUUCAACUCGAGCACUUUCACGAAACGGAAUCCAAGGAAGUCACUUUCUAUGACUAAAUCUAAGAGUAAGUCGAGUCUCAAUAAAUCUGGUCACGAAAAGGCUGAUAAUUUAAAUGAUAGUCUGGCAGCUGAAUCACCUGAGGUUUUGUCUAGUUUGUUGCUCGCUGAUCCUAUCAAAAUAGUAAAUCAAGAAAUAAAAGUGACGACUCAACCUAUCAAUGUUAUUCAACAAGUACUCAGUGGUAAAUCUGUAACUGUUGAUAGAAAAUUAAAUAGUGAAUGGUUAGAAAGAUGUUCUAAAGAUGAUACUGAAGCUAAUGGAAAUCCUAAACGUUUGUCUGGUGUCAGUGAUUCUGGAAUAGAAUCACUUGAUGUAAAUUAUCAAGAAUCACAAGACAAUUUUUCUACUCAAGAUAAUUUUCAGACCCAAAGUAGUUUUUCAACUCAAAAUAAUUUUCCUACACAAAAUACUUUUACUUCACCCCAGUGUACUCAAGCUGAAGUAUCUGAUGAUGAUUUCGUGUGCAAUAGUGACUCUGAGGAAGAGAAUCGUAACAAAAGAGUUCGUAAUUGGAGGCGAACUACUUCAGAUUUAUCAAGUGUCGCCAAGCGACCACGUACAGAUUUUCUUCAUCGUACUUUUAGUUUUUCAUCGCCUUGUAAUAAGCAGAGUACUGCCAGUCCUGUUGUUGAUCAAGGACAGCAAGCUAAACAAGUGCUGGAAGCUGAAGAAAAUAUUUUAAAUAAAUCAAAUCCGCAUGCUAAAGAAAUUAAUUUAUCGAAAGAAAAAGUUGUGACGCCGGCUGAGCCAGCUGUAGAUAAUGUGGUUGAAGAUAAAGGCAAGAAGAAGCGGGGCAGAAAACCGGGGAGUGUUAAAAGAAAGUCUAGUGAGUCGACCAGGAAAGCUACUAGACGGACUACUAGACGAAAAGUUAAAUAUACUGAAGACGAUGAUAAUGAUGAUGGUAUUGAUAUUGAUGAUGGUGAUGAAAGAAAAGUUUCAAAGACACAGCAAAGCCCAGAGAUUCCUAUUUAUGGUGUGGAAGCUCUAGAUGUAGUUCCACGGUUCGCUGUUCCCCAAGAUACGAACGGCGAUCUUGUUACUGAGUUUUGCGAAUCGAUUGACGCUGAAAAGUCUGCGAGUGUUACUCGAACGAAGCCAAAGGCUGCAAUGACAGCAAAAGAAAAAUUAGAAGCUAAAAUAGCGUCGGGGAAAAUAAAUGAAAAUUUCGUGAGGAUUAAUUUGAAAAAGAAGGUAUUCGCUCGUGGAAAGAAGUCGUUCAACUUUUCUAAGUACAAGAAGAAUCAGUGGAAGAACAAGAAGAAGGAAUUAGCUUCGGGAGAGGGGUCAUUGGACUUGGCAGAUCUGGCUGAAAAAAACACGUGCUUUAAAUGCGGAGGAAGUAAUCAUAUUUCUAGAAAUUGUCCUGCUAUGAAGAGUGAAGAAUUGAUGCCACUAGAUGACACUUAUGUGUCUGAGUAUCCAACUCUCGAGGAAGCUAAACAGAUGGCGAGUCAAGAAGCUGCUCGUGCUCAUAUUCAUCGGCUCCAUCAGCUUCCUCGGACAUCCUCAAUGUCAUUGAAAGAUAAAGUAACAGCAGAGUCAAAUGAACCAACAACUUCAGAAGACUUGGAGAAUUGCCUAUAUGACUUUGAGGAUGAUGAUUUUGAAGAAGAAACGGAACCUAUUGAGAAUCAACCGUUUGUCGGCCAUAAAAUUCCUCAGGAGCUUAUAGAAAAAUUGCUGCCUCCAGCGAAUGGAGCUAUCGACCCUGUGUAUUCUACCAAUGACAGUGGGACUUUGAUUCCAACACCAACGGAAGUGUUACAAGCUUUGAACAAAUUCGGACACAAGAGCUUCCGACCUGGACAAGAGAAAGCGGUGAUGCGAAUCCUCUCUGGUCAAUCAACUUUGGUGACUCUGUCUACUGGAUCCGGUAAAUCACUGUGUUAUCAGUUGCCAGCUUACUUGUACGCCAAGAGGUCACACUGCAUUACACUUGUAAUUUCACCGCUGGUGUCUCUGAUGGACGACCAGGUAACCGGAGUCCCAGGGUUCAUAUCCGCAGCGGCUCUGCACACAGGCCAGACACCAAAAACACGGGAAAAAGUUAUCGAACUAGUAAAAAAUGGUAAUCUUGACAUACUUCUCGUGUCUCCAGAAGCUAUUGUAGCUGGUGAAAAAUCAACAGGCUUUGGAUCACUGCUACGACAACUUCCCCCCAUAGCUUUUGCUUGCAUCGACGAGGCUCACUGUAUCUCUCAGUGGUCACACAACUUCCGUCCGUCUUAUUUAAUGGUCUGUCGAGUUCUUAUGGAGAAAAUGGGCGUUAAAACAAUUCUAGGGUUAACCGCAACUGCAACACGAGCCACCGCCGAGAGUAUCGUCAACCACCUGAGAAUCCACGACGGCAUGGCAGGUGUAAUUAGCGACGUGCCAUUGCCUAAUAAUUUAACUCUGACUAUUUCCAAAGACGAUCAACGUGAUCAAGCGCUGGUGAGUCUUCUCCGUAGCCCGAGAUUCAAAGACUGCGACUCAAUAAUUGUCUACUGCACCAAGCGAGAUGAGUGUACAAGAAUCGCUGGGCUCUUGCGUGUGUCUCUCCAAGAUCUAGAUACCAAUAAACCAAAACCUAAAGCUAAAGUAUCAACAAUAGCAGAAGCUUAUCAUGCAGGUUUGCCAGCGAGCCGCCGUAAAGUCAUUCAAAAAUAUUUUAUGUCAGGUGACACCCGAAUAGUCGUCGCGACAGUAGCGUUCGGUAUGGGAAUAAACAAAUUAGAUAUCAGAUCAGUCAUUCAUUACAAUAUGCCCCAGAGUUUUGAAGGAUACGUUCAAGAAGUUGGACGUGCUGGUCGUGAUAAUUUACCAGCUCACUGUCAUCUCUUUAUCAACCCACGCGAAAACAGCGAUAAGUGGGAACUACGGAGACACAUUUAUGCCAACGGAGUUGACCGACAUACAAUAAGAAAACUAUUACAGAAAAUUUUCGUUCCUUGCUCCUGUGCUACUAGCGGUAAGCGUUGUCCUGGACACGAGGUGGCCAUCCCAGUUGAUGAAACAGUCAGUCUUCUUGAUGUAUCUGAAGAAACUAUAUCAACUCUACUCUGCUAUCUCGAGUUACAUCCAAAAAAAUUUAUCACUGUCCUCUCUUCAGUGUACGUCAAUGCCAAAGUAACGAGCUACAGUGGAGCACCAGCACUUAAAGCUGCUGCACAAUCAUCACCACCACUCGCAAUGGCAAUAGCUCUAGAUCGUAAGAAAGGUAUCACGCAUGACAAUGACACGACCAUUGAAUUCCCAGUGGUUGAUGUAGCAGCCGCAAUCGGCUGGGACUCGGGCGUUGUCAAAAGCCACCUGAAAAAUCUUGAAUGGACAACUGUCAAUGGCAAACCCAAACGCUCAUCAAUAUCAGUGAGAUAUGAUACACUAGGACUGAGAGUGCGUGCACCAGGUGACCUGACUGACACUGAGCUAGACGAAGCUCUUGACGCCCUAGCAUCCAGGACUCAGUCUCAAGAAAUUUCUUCGCUUCAGCAACUGGAGAUUAUUCACACCGUCAUGAAUAAAUACAGCUGUCAAAGUGUCAGAGAUUGCCAGGAACUUAAUGAAGAAAAUAUUCACAAGUCUGAUGAAUUAAAAAAUACAAUCCGUCAGUACUUCCAGUCGUCGUCGCCACUUUCCAUCGUUGAAAUCGACUCAAAGAAUCAAAAUGACAAAGCCAAUGAAGCCCAAAUUAUCAACGACAUCAGAUCCUUAAUCGCCAGCUACAGAGACAACAAUUUUACUGGUCGUGCUGUCGCGCGGAUUUUCCACGGGAUCCAGAGUCCCAAUUAUUCGGCUCUCACCUGGUGCCGCUGUCGCUUCUGGCGAGCGCAUCUUGCUACUGAUUUUAAUUACAUUUCACAAUUAGCAACUAAAGAAAUUUUAUCAAUGCGGUAAUAUUUAAAUUAAUUUAUUAAUUAGGAUAAAAAUAAUAGAUAAUUGAAUUAGAUUUAUAAAUUUAAAUAAAAUGAAUUUUUUUAAACGUAAAGCAGAUU